CGUCAGACCACUCAACGCCCAACCUGACACACCUCUUUCACUCUUACCAUGGCUGAGGCGGUCGGGCUGGCGUCGAGCAUCAUCGCAAUCGUCGAGCUCUCGGCAAAGGUUGGCAAGCUCUGCCUCGAUUACUCAAACGCCGUUAGCAAUGCAAGACAGGACAUUGGUCGCCUCCACGACCAAGUAGAUGGCCUCAGCAAGACGCUCCAGGAAGCAAGGCGCGUUAUUGGUGGCCCCGAAGGUCAAUCGCUCACUGCAUCACAAAACCUGCUCGAUUCUCUGGAUGGCUGCACCUCCGAGCUCGUCGAGCUGCACAAACAGCUAGAUCUUGGAAAGCGGGCAAGGGCUAUGCGUCGAUUUGGACUCCGCGCUUUGAAAUGGCCAUUUGACAUGCAAGAAGUUGUCGGUAUCAUCUCCAGACUUGAGCGAUAUGAGCGAACCAUCCACCUGGGACUACAGGUUGACCAAACUGCUCUUCUUCUUGAAAUGAGAGAACAGAUGAACAAUGCGUCUUUUCAACCAGAGAACAGUAUUGGGGCAAAGUUCAAGCCCUGCUUUAUCGUGCCGUUCGAACAGGAUACUCACUUCGUCGACCGGCCGGAGAUAAUGCAAUGGGUCCAGGAGCAAUACGAAGGCCAUCACAACCGCAUGGCGCUCGUAGGAAUGGGCGGCUUCGGGAAAUCACAGAUCGCCAUUCAAUUCGCACAUCAAACGCACUCUAAACUACCAGAGACCAGCGUCUUUUGGGUGCACGCGAGUUCGAAACCAAGGUUUCAAGAAGCAUAUCGGUUAAUUGCAGAAAGACUGCAGAUACCAGGCAGAAACAAGCCUCAAGUCAACGAGAUGGUAUUGGUUAGGGACUGGUUACAGAGAGAAGAAGUUGGUUCCUGGUUGAUGAUCCUUGAUAAUGCCGACGAUGUCAACCUGUUCUAUCCGGGUCUCCACGUGAGGGAAUCCGAAGCAUCCCGUAGCGCACCCGGUUCAAGUUCUCAUGAUCUGAGCGAGCAACAACCACUCGCGGCUUUCUUACCCAAGGGAAGCAAUGGAACCAUUCUGGUCACAACGCGCAGCUUGGACGUUGCCGAGAAAUUAACGGGCAGCCAUGAGACGAUCUAUAAACUGUCCACCAUGAACGACGCCAAUUCUCUCCAACUAUUCCGAAACAAGUUAAAAGACAAUCUCGACCAAGAUACUGCUGGCGAACUCCUUCACGCUUUGAACUACAUCCCACUUGCGAUAACCCAAGCAGCCGCAUACAUUAACCGCCGCGCACCUCGAGUAACAGUGAGAUCAUAUCUCGAUGACUUUCGAAAGAGUGAGAAGAAGAAAGGAAGUCUUCUAAACCGAGACGCCGGAGAUCUUCGACGAGAUGAAAGCGUAUCAAAUUCCGUGGUUGCAACUUGGCAAGUGACCUUUGAACAAAUACGUCGCGAAAAGCCAUCCGCAGCUGAUCUUCUUUCCUUUUUGAGUUUCUUCAACUCACAAGGUAUUCCCGAGUUCAUGGCUCGCCAAUAUAACACCGCUGCCACGAAUCUGAGAGAAGGCAACGGUGAAGACGAAUUCGACGACGACUUGGAUGUCCUCCGUGGAUACUCACUUGUAUCUGUGAUGGCUUCGACGGAUGCAUUUGAAAUGCAUCCCCUGGUACAAUUUUGCACACAGUCAUGGCUUUCAUCGGCUGGCGAUAUCGAACUAUGGAAGAAUGCUUAUUUUGAGUCCAUGGCAACAGCCUUCCCAUCCGGAGAAGUUGGGACUUGGCCAACUUGCCGUCUACUACAGCCUCAUCUUGAGUCAAUAGUAGAGGGCGAGCCACCACAGAACGAUCCUAUAUCCUGGGUAUAUUUAGUAGGCAGAUGUUCCUAUUUUAUGCGUAGCGUCGGAAACAACAAAGGAUCAGAGUACCUGAUCAGAAAAGAGUUGGAAGCGAGCCAACGGUACUUGGGGUCUGAGAAUAUUCACACUGUGGAGUGCAUGGGAAAACUCGCCAUGACGCUCUUAACACAAGGAAAACUGAAAGAAUCCGAGGAAUUGCAACUGAAAGUCCUUGAAAUAUCCAUCCGAGAAUUUGGAGAUGAGCAUCCAAACACAGUGAGAAGAAGAUCAAGCCUGGCGAUGGUAUACAAGUAUCAAGGCCGAUUGGAGGAGUGUGAACAAUUGGGGUCACGGAUUGUUGAAAUAAGAAAAGAAAACCUGGGAAAUAGCCACCCUGACACAUUGGAUGCUAUGCAUUUCCUAGCAACAGUCUUUGCAGGGAAGGGCCAAUUGAAAGAGGCUGAAGAGAUUGAAUCGCGGGUAGUAGAAACAGCAAAGGACAUCCUUGGAGAGGACCACGCAAACACGCUGACUUACACAGGUAACUUGGGAUUAAUAUAUGAUAAAUUGGGGCGAUGGAAGGAAGCAGAAGCGAUCCAUCGGGAUCUUGUCGAAAAAUGGACAAUGAAGCGAGGGGCGGAGCAUCCAACCACGAUGAGAGCAUAUACUCAAUUGGCAAUGGCGCUAUGGCGGCAAGGGUUCCAGAAUGAAGGGGAGGAGAUGCAAGAAAUGGUUCUGGAAAACUAUAGGAAGACUCUAGGAGACGACAGUCCCACAACUUUGAUCUGCAUGGGUCAUCUGGCCUGGUUCUGGAGCUGUGGAAGUCGACUGUCCGAUGCUCUGGCCUUGAUAGAGUGCUGCACGGCCGGAUUCAAACGCAUUUAUGGUGCACAUCACCGGUACACUAUAUGGGCGAUGGGCAUUAUGGAUGAUUUGAGCAGUGCGAUGGGGAGAAAUAGUGAGGAGUAA